AAAAAGCAACAAUGUCAUUUCAGGACUGGGAGAGUAUUUUUGAGGAGAAGACUGAAGAGCUUUAUGGUGACAGCUGGAGUUUUGAGUUUGAUGACUCCAUUGAGCCAGAGAACCCAGCUCAUAACUGGUAUCAGUACAUCCGGGGAGCUUUUGCAAGGUUCACCUGCUCCAAGUGUAAGAAGACUUGGCCCUCCAGAAGGGUGCUGGUUGUGUUUGAUUUUCAGCUGCAGGAAAGGACAAAGACGGGAACAGUCAAAGCGCGUCGCUUCCGACAGAACUGCAAAAGGUGCAAGGAAGCCCAGAUGGAGGAGCCCCAGUUCGAGGUAGACAACAUCGAGGUGCUGCUGGACAAGCUGGUGGAGAGGAUCCGCAUGAGGUGUUACAGGGAAAACCUGGGCCAGAACAACAGGGGCUUUCGACCUGUUGGGAUAUCCGAGGGGCCGCACGAGUCUUCUCACUGUGAGGCCUGCCUGAGAGGCAUCUGCAGAAAAUCGGAAUAAAACGGCUAUACUGUCUUGGGAUUCAUGUAUUAAUUACAGCAGUGACAGUUGCAAAUAUUAUGCAUUACUUUGCACUUUCCAGUGGCUAGAAGCCUGUUGUCGAAACAAACCACCUCUCCAGCAUUAAGGCCUAAAAUGUUGUGGUAUUUCCCUUGAAAUCAGGCAACUACUUCUUAAUGUGUAAAUGUAUUUGAGUUUAAUUUAAUGAAUUUAACAGAUCAUUAUUUAUUUAACUUGCCUCUCAUGU